GUCGUCUAUAUUUGAGUCCCAGCAUGAUGCUAUUAGUCCAUAAAUAAAUGUACUCAAAUGUUGCUCAAAACUGCCUGUUAUGAUUCACUUCAUGCACCAUCUGCCCCAUACAGCGUCGCCCUCAAGAGUUCCAUCCACCGUGCUCCAGUUUCCUCGACUCCGCUGCAUUUCUGCCGAGCUCUGUCACUCAGUUUCUUCAACUGAUUCAAGCUUGCCUAGCACAAAUGAUCUCUCCCGCCUCUUACAAGGUCGCAUCACACCCCCUCACCUCCUCCAAUUACAUGCCCGCAUUUUCCGCCUCAAUGAACACCAGAACAAUCUCAUUGCUACUCGUCUCAUUGGUCACUACCCUUCAAAUUUGGCGCUCAAAGUCUUCUAUUCUUUACGGGAACCCAAUAUCUUCCCGUUCAAUGCAAUCAUCAGAGUGUUAGCCGAGAAGGGUCUUUAUUUGAAAGCGCUUUUGACUUUCAAGGAACUGAAAUUUCGGCGUCUUUUGCCCAAUGACUUGACCUUUUCUUUUCUUCUCAAGGCGUGUUCUAGAGAUGGCGUUGGUGUGAAUUGCGUUAAACAAGUUCAUUGUCAUGUUGUGAAAUCGGGUUUUAUGUUUGAUCCUUUCGUUUGCAAUGGUCUGCUCAUGGCUCAUGUCAAGGCAGUUAAGGAUUUAGUUUCAGCUCGUCAAGUAUUUGAUGAAAUGCCUGAUAGAAAUUUCGUUUGUUGUUGGACUUCUUUGAUUUCUGGGUAUGCUAGAUUGGGAUUGGCUGAAGAAGCCUUGAAGCUGUUUAUGGUAAUGCUGAAGGAAAAUCUGCGGCCUGAAAAUGAUACCAUGGUUAGUGUUUUAUCUGCAUGUUCAAUCCUUAAUACUCCACACAUUGAGAAAUGGUUGCAUCUACUGACACAAUGUGCAAAUGACUUCCGCUACAAUAAUUUAGGUUGUGAUUAUGUGAAUAUUAUAAUCGUUUAUUUGUAUGGAAAAUGCAAAAAGGUCGAGAAGAGUAGGGAAGCAUUCGAUAAAAUUUCUGAAAAUGGGAAAAGGAGUGUUCUUUCUUGGAACGCUAUCAUAGGGGCUUAUGUUCAAAAUGGUUGUGAUUUGGAGGCUCUGACUCUUUUUAAGUCAAUGAUGGAGAAUUAUGAUUGUUGUCCGAACCAUGUCACUAUGGUCAGUGUGCUCUCAGCUUGUGCUGAAAUCGGGGAUUUAGACCUUGGCAUGUGGGUUCACAGAUACAUGAGAACUAGAGGGCACAAAGGUGUGCUAUCAUCAAAUGUAAAUCUCGCCACUGCAUUGAUAAAUAUGUAUUCAAAAUGUGGGAGUUUGGAUGAGGCGAGGAAGGUUUUUGACCAAAUUAGUGAGAAAGAUGUGGUUUCAUUCAACGCCAUGAUCAUAGGUCUUGCUGUAAACGGCAAGGGAGAGGAGGCUUUAACACUUUUCUCCAAAAUGCUGGAGCUUCGUCUGUGGCCCGAUGCUGGAACUCUCCUUGGUGCGUUAUGUGCGUGUAGUCACUCUGGUCUGUUAGAUAAAGGGCGUGAAAUUUUUAAAGAGAUGAGGGGAGAGAGUUGUGUUAAACCUAAAUUGGAACACUACGCUUGCUAUGUAGACCUUCUAUCUCGGUCUGGCUUUAUUGAAGAAGCUCUUGGUGUUGCCACUUGUAUGCCUUUUAAACCGAAUAAUUUUGUGUGGGGCUCUCUGCUUUCUGGCUGCGUGCUCCACAAUAGGAUAGAACUGGCUCAGGUUAUUUCCACCAUGCUUGUUAGGGUGGAUCCCGAGAAUUCUGGAGGCUAUGUUAUGUUGUCUAAUUCAUUUGCUGCAGAUUGUCAAUGGCGAGAUGUGUUGAAACUGAGGAGGGUUAUGAGGGAAAAAGGGGUGAGCAAGCAACCAGGACGCAGUUGGAUCAACAUCGGUGGUGUGGUGCACGAAUUUGUUGCUGGCUCUGCCUCAUAUCUCCAGAUUGGAAGCAUUCAUGAAAUGAUGCAGUCAUUGUUGAAAGAAAUGCGACUAUCCAGUCCAUAGACUAAUUAAUUUUUGUUGAUUCUUUAUCUGAAAAUUGUGAUUAGUAGUUUCUUUCUAAUUAACAUAUCCUAAGUUCCCCAUAAUCCCCAGCUCCAUUAGUAAAUAUCCCACUCUUAGUAGUGCAUAAUGCUUUAACUUCCAGUACGGCUUUUCGCUCUGAAUUCCAGCUACCUGUGCUUGUGUGCAUGUUAUUCUUCGACUUGCAUCCGUUAUC